UGUUUGGCGGGGCGGAAGUUGUUAUAGGGAUUAAGACUUACACCUUGUAGCUACUGAUGCGCUUUUUUAAAAACAGUUCAGAGGCGUCGAUAGCUAAGCUGAACAUUUGAUGGAGGUUCUCAUUAUGCAUUCUGACGGGUCUUACGCUCUUUAAAACAGACUGCCGUCUCUCUAAGAACAAAGGCUCAUUGAGCCUUAGCGGCAUCGGCUAACAUCUGAAUGCAUGGAAAUUUCAGGCUAAUCGAAAGUAAUUAAUGCUGUCACCAUGCCGUCUUACGAAGAAUGGAGAAAAACCAUUCACUUCUAUUAUUUCGUUAAAUUCUCUCUAAAUGUCUAUUCAAUGCUGUUUUCGUUGCUGGGUCUGUGUGUGCUCUGUAUCGGAGUGUAUGCAGAAGUGGAGAGGCAGAAGAAUCGCACCCUGGAGGGGGUGUUUUUGGCUCCUGCUGUGGUCCUCAUACUGCUGGGUCUCGUCAUGUUCACUGUGUCUGUGAUGGGUAUGGUGGGAUCCCUCAGGGACAACAAGACUCUGCUGCACAUGUUCCUGUGUGUGCUGUGUGUUCUGCUGGCUCUCCAGGCUCUUGCCGUCAUCAUUGCCCUGAUUUUUGAAAAGACGACAAUCAAAUUGUUCCAGAACAGUAUACGAGAAGGAAUCAAGCACUACUAUGAUGACCUGGACUUCAAAAACAUAUUGGACUACGUGCAAGAGAAGUUUUCUUGUUGUGGAGGCGACGAGUACAAGGAUUGGGAAGUAAACCAGUACCACUUCUGCAAUGGCACGAGUCCUUUGGCCUGCGGUGUUCCCUACACCUGCUGCAUUCGUCAAAGUGUUGGAGAAGUUGUGAACACACUCUGUGGCUACAAAACUCUCACCGAGCAGCGUGAAGCUUUAGAUGGAAUAAUUCAUGUUCGUGGCUGUAUCCAUGCUGUGAACCUGUGGAUGGGGGACAACAUUGGAGCUACUAUUGGAAUUUGCUGUGCAGUUGGACUCCCACAGCUUCUUGGUAUUCUUCUGAGCUGCAUCUUCUGGAAUCUUUUAGUGGAGAUGAGCGAGUCUGUAGACAUGGUCGACUUUAAGAUCCUGAAGCGCGCCGGUUUUAAGUACAGCGAACUGGACCUCUCGGGUGCCGGAUGGUGUAUGUGUCUGCCUCGUGACGAAGGCUACCUACCUGUACCUGAAGCAGAGCCUGACACCUGGGCUCUAGACCCCAUCCCUUUCGACCUGGAACAAGAACAACCCAAACUAGCCUUUACUUUUUCCCAACUGGACAGCCAAGGAGCACAAUCAGGUAUGGCAAUGGAUGAAGUGGACAAUCGAGCAUAAAAACCACAAAGAAAAAGAGGCUGGAUCUUAAACAUGUUAUUUUGUUUUUUUUUUAUUGCUAUUUGUAUAUAAAAAGCUUGUCUUAAGACAAAGUGAGCUAGUUGCACUACAUGUUGGUAAAAAUGUUUCUUAGGCAUGAAAAAGGUUUGUAUAAAACUGGUUUAGAUGGAAUUAAGGUAGGAGAUCUUCUCCACAAACUUUAAAAAGACAUAUCACUUCGAAUGCUGUUUACGCAGUCCAUUGUUUUUCACCAUUUUAAUUCAUUCUGUGUCUUAUGGGAUUAAGGGAGCUUGUUUUAUUAGUCGUUUUGUUUCUAUAAGGUUUAUAGCAAUGAUUCUAUGAACUAAUUGUUGGCAAUCAUUUUUUUUUAUAUGUAAUUUAGGCAUAUUACAUGUACAAUGAGUUCAGGGAAAUUGGUAGCUUUGCAAUUCGUCAAAGAUUAUCAAUGUAGCGACUGGCAGAUGAAGCUGGACAUUCAUCUCUAGUAGAUGCAUUGUUUCUAAAAACUUUUUUAUGCACUUUUUAAUUGUUUUUAUAUUACACUACUAUCAUGAACCCAACUUUCAGAGAAAAACAGAACUUAUUAUUAUGGAUCUGCUUUCUCCUUUAAAAGGGUGUGUGAUUUGUGUAAUGCUGAUGUUUUUUUGUUUUUUUUUACGGUAAUAAGUACCAAUGAAAUUAUUAAUAUUUUAAAGUGUUGCCUUAAGUACAACAGAAGCUUUUUUCCCUGAGUACCUCAGGCUAUUCUGGAAUAGCCACAUUAAUUUGUAGGUAAUUCUCGUAGGUAGGAUUUUUUAAAACGAAGGGAGAUCUGGCCUUGUGUUUAACACUACUUGAAGUUUCUUGUCUAUAAUGUUCAUAAUUAACAUUUGGCUAUCAUAAAUGGCGGUUUUAAAUGUGUAGUUCAUGUUUUAACUUCAUUAGUUUGGGAAGAUUGAAAAAAAAAAACAAUUUAGUUUGAAUGUUGUCAUAAUUACAGGUGUCUGGCAUUAAUGUAUAAAACCCUUUUAGGUGUCAAUAGUCAUUUUGAAAUACCUCACAAUCACACCUCUUUGCUAAUAGACCUUUUCAGGAUGUUGCUAAAGAUGGACUGCUGCGCUCCAGCUAAUGUAGCUCUGGUUUUGUAGAAACAUUAAUGUGACUUUCAAUAAAAUUUGCUUGAAUUAACCUUCAA